AUGAUUGCUCAGCCUUUGUCAAAGCUGUCAAGCAACCGCGUGAGCGCGCACUUUAACAUUGGAGAGCGCGCUCCGGAGUCGCUCGCUUCCGCGGGCGCACAGAGGAUCCUGAGAGCGCAGCAGCAUCACUUGAGCAACGCAGGGUCCGACUCACAGGUGCUCCUCUGCCGCUGCUCUGCUCUUGAAAUAGCACCUGCCGUUAUAUUUGCUCGGAAACUAAAAGUCCAGAGUCGAUUGCUGGGAGAGAAUUUUCUCAAACACACAGGGAUUACUGCGGUUUACAGCUACAUCAAGGAUGUGCGGUAUGGACGUGGACCUGGACGACGGCGGUUCUGCCGAGGAGGAGAAAGAAGAAGAGUUCUGGAUCGGAGAGGGCGUGAAGAUGCUCCCCCGCCUGUGGCUCACAGCGGGGGCAGCGCGUGGGGCAGCCGUAGGGGUAGGUGUGGCUGCGUGGCCUGCGGGGCGGCUCUCAUCCUCUGGAACCUGUGCGUGGUCUUAGCCAGUGCUCUGCUCCUGGCUGUGGUCUUCUCUGUGGUGCUCCUGCCUGCAGGGCUGCUGCUGUAUGCUGGUUUCCUCUGCCACUCCAGGGUCCUUGAUGCACCCUCUGCCAUCUGCCAUUAUCUCGAUGACAACAGCUGCUCUGCCCUCAUCAUCCUGGGCUUUGUGAUGAUGUCUCCGCUCGUGGUCGUGGCGGCGGCAGUUUUCUGCGGGCUGCUCCGAAAGUUUCGACUCCUGCUUUUCAUUCAGCCAAUCAAGCGCGCCUGGUACAGAGGGAGGCUGCUGGACUGGGCGGGCAGCAUCCACGCCUGGGUUUGAUCACAACGGAGAAGGUGGUGCUGAGGGUCACAGUGAUUGGAAAGAUUGAUUUGUGCAAGACGAACCUGAGGGUUACAGAUGUUUUGCAAAAAUAGAAACAUCAUUAUAGUCGAUAAGACAGUCAUACAGCAAAUCCUUACUUUGUCAAUGGUUGUAAAAACGUUUGACAUUUUUAGAAAUAUUCGAGUCCUCUUUCCUCCUGUUAGUUUUGGUGAGAAGAUCAAUAUCACCCUCAUGUCUGUGUGGUGAAAUUGAAGCUGCAAAGACCAGAUCAUUAACUUAGAAUGGAAUAAAGACUGAAAACUUAGAUUAAGGGUGAAACCCAAAAGACAUACAUUAAUAUAAACCAUCUAAAAAGAUAUUCCAGAGCUUUAGAGGUGACAGUAGGAGGAUUAAAUUAGCCUUUCCAGCUAGAUGUUUCUGGGAUUUGUGCUUAUCGAACAGCCAUCUGCUUUCACCCUCCUAUUUGAGAGUGAAGUCACCUCUCACUGAUCUCUCAGACAGAAUACAAACGUGUAGCUUCUAAAAUGUCAAACAGUUCUUUCAAGACCAAGACCUGUGUUAUUGUGUCAUAUAUUUGUUAUUAAUUUGGCUACUCUCAGUCCAUUUUGGGUAAUUUUGUGAAUUGUUUUUUUUUUGUUGAAAAUGACACUAGAUGAGGGUUUGUUGGGUUUGUGUGGCUUUUACACUGAAACAGACCAGUUUUCUCAGAUAUGUAGUGCCAUCUUACAAGAAUCUUAAAGCAAAACACAUUAUGGGCUCAUUAUUUAAGUAAACCAGAUGCACAUCGGAACAGACAAGAAAAAAAAACAUGCAAACUUCUUGGAGGGUGAAGGAUACCUGCAGGGUAUUCACGCAAGCUUUAACAGCUCCUUAGACACAGCAUUGUUGGUUUAUUUUGAGGACACAUCAAACACCAGUUUAACUAUGAUUUUGUACAAAAACUGAUAUUUUUGUGAUUUUGUAUUGCCUGUUUGCUAACUACAUGGAUGUGUUUAAAUGUGAGACCCUCUCAGAAAUGUGAAUUUAUUUGUGGUUGCACUUAAGAACUCUCUAAAUAAGAAAAGUUUUUCCAAACAUCAGAUUAAAGCCCCGUCCACACAGGGAGCGGUCUGUUCGCUUCACUCUUGGCUUUGUCUCUGACAGUUGGUUGCUAGCAGACAUUCCAGGUUGCCUAGGUAACCCUCUAAUGUACAGUGUUGUGCAAAAGUCUUGACCCACCCUUCAUUUCUUUAUCUUUUGCUUCCAAAAAGCCAAACUUGAUAGUAAUUUUUUAAAACGUGGUCUUGAACAUCAGUUUUGUUGUUGUUUUUUUGUUUUUUCCCCACUCAUUUUCAGUUGAAUCUAUAAAAAAUGCCAAAGAUAUCAGAGUUGGAAGGCAUUAAAUUGAAUUUUGAAGUGCUAUUAGCUAAAGAUUUGGCACAUCUCAGCAUGAAGUGUUAGACCUAAAAAAUUAUCUACCGCAGAUGAACAGUAUUUAAAUGUUGUGUCCUUAAGAAAUAGGAAAAGCGUAGCAAAGACCUGACACAGGACCUGAGUGAUGCAUCAGUAUGUAGAGAGGAGGACAGGAGAGAGGAACAACAGUGAGUGUCUGCAGCCAUCUGUAAAACACAGUGGAGGCUCUGUCAUGGUUUGGGAAUGCAUUUCAGCAAGUGGUGUUGGAAGCAUCGGAAAAGCAUCAGAUUUUUCAGUGAUCCCAAACACACCUCUAAUUCAGUAAAAGCAAACCUGGCUAGAAAAGCACGCAAUGAAACACACAGAAGCAGUGUGGGAUCAUCUUCACAGAGAACAGAAGGUAGCCAACAUCCAAAGAAGAGCUUUGAAUGCCCUUCAAGAAGCCUGCAGAACGUUUCCUGAAGACUACUUAAGGAAAUUACAAGAAAACAAGAGAGUUCAGUUCAAAUAGAAUUGUACAAGCUCUAUACACUGCAUUUCCAUGUUUGCUUGCACAUGUUUCGAUAAAUUAUUGCACCUAUUUGCGAUUUUCUCAGCAAAAUAAAAAGAAACAAUGGGUGGCUUGAGACUUUUCCAAAGUUCUGUAGCUGAUAUCGUUGUCAUGUGUCAAUCAACGGCAUUCCGCCUUCUCAUUUGUUGGCGCUUCAAUCGCUCACCUGUGAUGGGGCUUUUAGGAAACCCUUAAAAACAAGGCGAAUCAUGUGAAAUGCAACAUAACUAGAAUUACUCUCUUGUGUUUUUUGCAGAAUAUGAUGUUGUCAUUAUUUCGACAACAUCUAAUAGGAUUUUUUCCUAUUAGGCAUUUUUGUAAGUUAUGGCCUAAAGUUUUUUUUGUGAGGUCACGAGGAACAUAAAAGCUUUGAUCCUGAAGAUCAUCCUUGAGUUGAAGCGAGUUUUUGUGCCAAAAAUAUGACGCAGUUCCUUCAUGAUGUUCACAAGGAAUCAUAAACGCCCACCCAGUGGCAUAAAUAAACUUUCACAAAGACUUCCAUUUUGUCUGUUAGGUGACUUAAAUUGACAGUAAAGUUUAUUCCCAAGGAGUUUUACCCAAUGUAGUAUCAUCAGCAGUCAAACCUUGUGAAUGUGGGGGCGAUAUGAAACAUAUUUCAUUUUAAUGCUUCUUUUAGAUCACAUUGUGCCAUAAAGAAACACCCUUCUUCGUGAACACAACUAAAGUCGACAGCAUGACAAAGUAAUUGCCUUUCAGUGGGAUCAGACUGUUAAAGAGGGAUUUGAAUCAUCACAUCAGGAGCUCAUUGUGUUGCCUCUUUGCUUUCCGGUCCUUUAAAUUCACCAGUGACACGUUGCAUAGCUAAGUGUUCAGACUUGUGGCUUUGCCUCUCAGAAGGAAGAAAUAAAUCAUAUUUAAUGAUGUGCAGUGAUUAUUCAUCCUCUGCCGCUUGUAUCAUUCUAAAUUAUAUGUACUUUUUAGUUUAUUUAUUUGUGUGUUUUGUUUGUGUUUAUUAAUCUGAAUGUGCUCUGUUAAUCUAGCCAGAUAAAGAAUGGAUCGAAGUUAAGACCAGUGUUUUGGAGAACUGUGUAGUUUUAUGUCACAGGGUUGUAUACCACAUCUGAAGCAAAUUACUGGGAAAAUUGCAGCAGCUAAUUGAGGUUUAUUUAUUUUUUUGUUCAGCUUUCACUUUGGUGUUAUCAACAAAACAGCAUGUUCUGACCUUCCAUCAAUAAAAAAAGAGGACAUCUCUUUGUCGGCAUGUCUCUUUUGUGUUGUGACCUGUUUUUGAAGGUUGGAAAGCUUUGAUGAUAGGGUUUUAACAUUUACUUCUCACUUUCUCUCAAGCACAUACGCACAGCACACACUUGGAUACUAAGAGGACACUAUCACACUCAUUUCUGAGGAAAACAAUAUGAUAAAGUCUGCGAUAAAACUGGGACACUGGCUGGUCACAUCUGUGCAGAUCAACAGAGCAAAUGAG